AUGGCGACGGCCGGCCCCGCUGCCCCUUCCUCCGGCGGCCCCCAGCAACAGCCGCCGCCAAACUUCCCCUUCGCAGCCUCCUCAUCCGGCCUCGGCCACGCCCGCGCCCCGGCCCGCCCUCCGCCGCGCCCGAUUGCUCGAGCAGCCUGUCACUCCCGCCGGCGCGGCCAAUGGAGGAGCGCGCCCGGCGGCCGCCGAGACUCACGGGCCUUGUUUACUCCCAGCGCGCAGUUCCGAGGCGCGCCCUCAUUCGACGGAGCACCCGUCGAUCCUGCUCCCGCUGUCCAUUCAGCCAAUGGAGAGCGCCCGAUUACCUCCAGUGCCCGCCCACCGUUUCGUUUGUCGGGAGGCUGUGCCGGGGGCGGCGGAGAGCAGAAGAGGCCCCCCAGGCAGCAACCACCAAGGGCCGCCCCACCAAGCGCGCGUGGCAGCAGUCCAGCGAGGGGCGGGGCCUCCACGCCGGAAGCCCAGCCGCGCAGCGCCGGAAGUGCCUCGACAGCCGCCCCAAUCCGCGCGGCUCCUUUUCACGCGGCUGGCCCGGAAGUCCCGCCCCCGCGGUUGGUUGCCAUGGCGGCGCUCUCCCUGCGCGUGGUGGCGGAGUGCCGGCGGAGUCGGGCCCGCGCCUGCGAGCUGCGGCUGCCCCACGGGCCCGUGGCCUGCCCGGCCUUCAUGCCCGUGGGCACGCAGGGCGCCCUCAAGGGCCUCACCGCCGCCCAGCUGGCCGCGCUCGGGUGCCGCCUCUGCCUGGGCAACACCUACCAUCUGGGCAUGCGCCCUGGUCCGGAGCUCAUCCAGAAGGGCGGCGGCCUGCAUGGCUUCAUGCGCUGGCCCUGGAACCUGCUAACGGACAGCGGAGGGUUCCAGAUGGUGUCGCUGGUGGAGCUCUCUGAGGUGACGGAGGAGGGGGUGCUCUUCCGCUCCCCCUAUGAUGGCAAGGAGAUCCUCCUGACUCCAGAGAAGUCCAUUGAAAUCCAGAAUGCACUCGGCUCGGACAUCAUGAUGCAGUUGGACGACGUGGUCAGCAGCACAGUGAGCGGCCCCCGCGUGGAGGAAGCCAUGCUCAGAUCCAUUCGCUGGCUGGACAGAUGCAUCGCGGCGCACCAGGCACCCAACAAGCAGAAUCUGUUUGCCAUUAUCCAAGGUGGGCUGGAUCCUGCCCUGCGAACCAAGUGUCUGGAAGAAAUGACCAAGCGGGAGGUGCCCGGCUUUGCCAUUGGGGGCUUGAGCGGCGGCGAAGCCAAGGAGCACUUCUGGAGGAUGGUGGCCCUCAGCACCAGCUACCUGCCCAGGGACAAGCCUCGCUACCUCAUGGGAGUCGGUUAUGCGACGGACCUGGUGGUGUGCGUGGCCCUGGGCUGUGACAUGUUUGACUGCGUCUUCCCCACCAGGACUGCGCGUUUUGGGUCCGCCUUGGUCCCCACUGGCUCCCUGCAGCUGAAGAACAAGCAGUUCGCCACGGACUUGAAGCCCAUCGAUGAGAAUUGCGGCUGCCCCACCUGCCGGAGGUACAGCCGGGCUUUCUUGCACGCCCUCUUCCGCCAUGAUACAGCCGCAAAGCACCACGUGACUGUCCACAACAUCACCUAUCAGUUGAACUUGAUGCGUUCGAUCCAGGAGAGCAUAAUUCAGCAGCGGUUUCCACAGUUUGUCCAGGAUUUCAUGAAGACCAUGUACGGCAACAGAGAGAGCUACCCGCAGUGGGCCACAGACGCCCUGGCUUCCGUUGGCAUUGCUCUGGAGUAAGCGGUAGCUGAGAAGCAAGAAGUGUUCCACUCCCAGAGGGCUCCUUGCUGUCCCUCUCGGUGACUGCCGGGGUUCUGGAGCCCUUCUUUCCCCCACAAGGGCCGAGAUCAGCUCUGCGCAGAACACCUCGUUCUUGCCAAGGAAUUCUGGGGCGGAAUCUGAGCAGGUGCCUCCUCCAGCGAUUGAGCCGCAUGUUGCAGAUUCUCAGCGCCUAAACUGGACUGCCCGGAGAGUUGAUGGCGUACAUUUGACUUUUUAAAAUACGUUUGAUAUAAAAGCAUAAUCCAGUUUUUUAAUCCUCCAAAUUUGCCUUUUUUCUGAGUGAUUUGCCUGUACUUGCAAAGGGGUGUGUGCGGUUAACAAGCUGAACCUAGCGGAGUCUCAGAAAAGCACUGAGUGUUCUGGACUCCCAAGUGAAUAAAACUGUGCGAUGGAAGCCAGUACAAA